AGAAAAGACUGUGCAUCAAGAGCCACAGGCCACAUAGCCAUUAAACACAAUCUCAUUCAUGGACUGCACUUAGCCUCUCAAAAACCUUAUAUCGCCUCUUCUCUCCUUCCAUUGUCGUUACCAAUCUUUUUACCUUGUUUGAAAGCAAAGCCAUGGCAGCUGCUUCUCCCAUGGCUAGCCACCUAAAGUCCAGCUUCACUUCACCAAUUUCAAGGGCAUUGGUCUCACCCAAGGUUCCCUUUGCCUCUCCACUUAGAGUCUUGCCUUCUAGGAGGCAAUCUUCCUUCACCAUCAGAGCCGUCCAAUCUGAAAAGCCAACGUACCAAGUAAUUCAGCCCAUCAAUGGUGACCCAUUUAUUGGAAGCCUAGAAACCCCAAUCACAUCAAGCCCAUUGAUUGCUUGGUACCUCUCCAACCUCCCGGCUUACAGGACAGCAGUGAGCCCACUUCUGAGGGGAAUCGAGGUGGGUCUGGCCCAUGGAUUCCUCCUUGUAGGACCAUUUGUUAAGGCAGGGCCUUUGAGGAGCACCCCCGUCGCUGGGGGAGCAGGAAGCCUGGCAGCUGCUGGUCUUGUGGUUAUACUAAGCAUUUGCUUGUCAAUGUACGGAGUUGCAUCGUUUAAGGAAGGAGAGCCAUCCACCGCACCUUCUUUAACCUUGACUGGGCGGAAGAAGGAGCCAGACCAGCUGCAAACAGCUGAGGGAUGGGCUAGUUUCACUGGAGGAUUCUUCUUUGGGGGAAUUUCUGGUGUCACGUGGGCCUACUUCCUCCUUUAUGUCCUAAACCUUCCUUACUUCUUCAAGUAGAGUUUUUUCUCCUUUUCAAUUCUCUUCUGAAAAUCAAUGUAUGUACGUUUGAUAUUAUAUGUUUCAAGUAGAUGUUUACAUUGUAACAAUUCAGACUUGAUAUAGCACUUGUUAUAUCUUUUGCUUACAGCUUUGGUCUA